AUGCGCGCAUUGAGCAUCUUGGCUGCUAGCCAGCGAGGCCCUGCUGCCGAGGGAAAUCAAUGUGUGGACGGGGCAGCGCCCGCAUACGGAUAUGAGCCCGGCAUGAGCGAGAGGAGACAUAACGGGAAACAGAGAGAGGCGCAGAGAGCGGCCCCCGGGGACAGGCUGAUGGACGAAAUUUAUCACAGAGCAGACGCAGAACGAACAGCGAAGCGGCACAUGCAACAGAGCAAGCGGAAGAAUCGCAAAAAUUGCGCCGAACAGCUGAUGAAGCCAUCUACAGCAAUGCUGACGAAGCGCUGCAAGAAGAUCUCCUCGUUUUCGCGAGCAAAGCAUGGAUAA